UCCAAUGGUUACACUAUAUAAACCAUGUAUAGUUUAUCAAGCUAUAUCAUUCCAAAUUCAUACAUCUCCUAAUCUUAUUGUAAAAAAACGAAAUACUCACAAAGUGUUUAAUCUAAUCAUAAUUAUGGCUUCAAUUUUGAAAAGAUCGGGGCAAUUUAGUCAGUUGUUUUCAGUAAUGGUAGUACUAGGAAUGUUGAGAUUGUCAAAUGGAUAUGCUACUAAUUUCAAACCAAGUAAAUGGAGCUAUGCUCAUGCAACUUUCUAUGGUGAUGAUAGUGCCUCUGAAACCAUGGGAGGAGCAUGUGGAUAUGGAAAUUUGUUCAACAAUGGGUAUGGAACGAAUACAGCUGCAUUGAGCACAGUAUUAUUCAACAAUGGAUAUGGUUGUGGUAGUUGUUAUCAAAUAAUGUGUAUCGGAUCAAAAUGGUGCAACAGUAUGGGUUAUGGCCACGGCCCGACUUCUAUUACCGUCACGGCUACAAAUCUAUGCCCUCCAAACUGGGCUCAAGAUAGCAAUGCUGGUGGUUGGUGCAACCCUCCUAGAGCCCACUUUGACCUCUCCAUGCCUGCAUUCAAGAAACUUGCCUUUUGGAAGGCUGGCAUUGUUCCUGUCCAAUACCGAAGGGUUCCAUGUGUGAAGAAGGGAGGCAUAAGAUUUAGCUUACAAGGAAACAAUUAUUGGUUGCUAACGACAGUAAUGAACGUUGGUGGCGCGGGUGACAUCGCCAAAAUGUGGGUGAAAGGAUCCAAAACGGGAUGGAUUAGCAUGAGCCACAAUUGGGGAGCUUCAUACCAAGCUUUUGCUCAAUUAGGAGGUCAAUGUCUUUCGUUCAAAAUCCAGUCUUACUCUACUCGUGAGACUAUUGUUGCCUACAAUGUUGUCCCACCUUAUUGGACUAUGGGCAUGACUUAUCAAGCUAAAGUCAACUUUAGAUGAUUCAAUAAUCAUCCUUGAUUUUCUGUAUGUAUUUUUAUUUUUAUUUUGGUCAAUGACUCAUCGCAUUUUUUGAUGCAAUGUCAUAUUCGACCUUUAGUAAGAUCUUAUGUUUAUCUUUGUAUAAUUUUGGUUUAGAACCUUUGUUUGGAAACUUGUAUCUUAAGUGUAGCUAAUUGUGAAAAUGAGUGGCUCCGAGAUACAAAAGUUAAUGCAAAA